UCUGUGUAGAGAUGAAGCAUCUCGUUCUUGUAUUGUUUGCAGUCCUCCUGCACACUGUCACAAUCAAGCCGUGCGCAUCAGUUUCUGUGCCGUUGUUUCACGUGUUUGCGCAUUGCGUGGAUUGGAACAAACAAUACGACAACCCGUUUAACUAUUCAGAGGUUGGUUUGCUAGCAGAUAUUGUAUCUCCUGAAAAAACUGUAACCAUUGAUGGGUUCUACUUUCAGGACUAUAACAGGUCGUUGGUCAAUGGUAAGGAGCAUCUGCAGGCUGUUGGUUUGCCUCUCUGGUGCUUUCGUUUCUCUCCGAUUGUUGAGGGUCAGCACUCGGUCACCGUCAGCAUUAUUGAUAAGACGGGAAAGCAUAAGAUAACAAAUAUGACAUUUCAAGCGACAAGGGAAGGGAGUGACAUGCAAGGUUAUGUCAGAGUUGGGAAGAACAACAUUCACUUUCAAUUCGACGGUGGAAAGACUUACUUUCCCAUCGGAGAGAAUGUGUGCUGGGUGAGCUACGAUCGAGGAACAUACGGUUACGAUAACUAUUUCAAUUCAUUAGCACAACACGGUGGCAACUAUGCUCGUCUGUGGCUAACGGACGUUCAAUGGGAUGGACUGGCAGUAGAGAUAUCAGUGGGAAAAUAUAACCUCGGCGAUCUGUGGCGAUUGGAUUAUGUCGUGGCUCUUGCCGAGCGAUUAAACAUGCGACUGUUGAUGUGCACAGAGAGUUUCAACCUGCUGCGAAGUAAGAGUGGUCCUCACUUGUGGGAGACGUCUUACUACAAUAAAGCAAAUGGUGGCAUUCUUGAUCAUCCUCAAGAUUUCUUCACAAGUGAGUUAGCCAAGAUGGACUACAAGAACAGACUACGUUAUCUGAUUGCCCGAUACAGCUACUCUACUAGUGUGUUUGCUUGGGAGUAUUUCAAUGAGGUUGACAUCACUGACGACUACAACUCUAAUGCUCAAGUAUUGUGGAUUAACGAGAUGACCAAGUGGGUUCAUCGCUACGAUGUCAAUCGUCAUCUUAUUUCGACAUCAUUUUCUAAUUCUGUGGGCGACGUGAACGUACAAAGCCUUGACAGCCUUGACUUUACAAUGACACAUAAUUAUGGCCAGUCAGACAUCGCCAUGACAACAGCUUUGUAUGCGAAGAAGAAGCUGUUGCAAUAUCACAAGCCAUCGUAUGUGGCAGAAUUUGGCAUUUCCAACGAGGACCACGAUAAAGAAGGAUGGUCUCUUCACAAUGGACUGUGGGCCACAACGGUACAACUGGCAGCCGGCACAUGCAUGACCUGGUGGUGGGAUAGUUGGGUAGCACCAAACCACCUCUACGGAAUCUUCGAUGGCAUUAGCCGGUUUGUGAACGAUAUUGGUAACCUAGCCGACUAUGCCUGGGUACCAGUGGUAAAUGCUACCGUAUCUGUGCCAACACUCAGACUUUUUGCCAUGUAUGGACAUCAAGACAAGGAAACAACAGGUUUGGUGGCGUUAUGGUUGCAAGAUUCGUGCUCCACGUGGUCUCAACACUUUGCUGGUAAUACAUGCAAGACACAAAAGAAUGUCUCGCUAUCGUUGUCUCUACCAAGAUGUGUAGAGGGAACAGAUCAUGUGGUUGACUGGUAUAAUACAACAAGUGGCCAACAGAUAUCUUCUAUGCAGCCGAAGUGUCAAUCCAACGUUUUGUCAUUGACUGCUGUCGAGUUCGUCAAUGAUGUUGCAGCUCUAGUUCAUGUGGCCUGAUGGUGUUUGUACUUGAGGUAUUUCUUGACGGUUUGCACUGAAUGACUCUGGUUUUGUACCUUUAAAUCUGCAAAAAAUGUGUGGCUGCCACUUGGCUCUGUGACCACUGACAAAAUAAAUUUGCAGUGAACUCCUUGUAAUUGU